GCCUUAACCAUAUCUCUCCAAUGUUUCUUCGCCGUUUGUGCAACAUUGCGAAUGGCACGCGACGUCCUUCAAGCGUUCCACAUCGUUUACCUCAUAUAAGGUUUUCAGCAGCUGCAAGCUUGACUAGGGACAAUGUACAAGCUAGAGUUUUAAACGUCGUUAGAGGCUUUGAGAAAGUCGAUUCCGUCAAGCUCUCCGUUGAUUCUUCUUUCGCGGAAAACCUUGGUCUUGACAGUUUAGACACUGUUGAAUUGGUCAUGGCUAUGGAAGAGGAGUUUGCCAUUGAAAUUCCGGAUGCUGAAGCAGAUGGUAUCAAAACUGUACAACAAGCCAUUGAAUACAUCGCGAAAACACCAGAAGCUCAUUAGUGGCCUGCAUUGGGAAAAUCGAUGUUUGAUGAUCGAGCCUAGGCUUCAUCUAUUGGCAGCCUGUCAACAGCUGUUGAGGGUUUCGGCGAUUAUAUCCAACGCACGUGACAAUACGCGACACGUCCAACAGCGAUCAACGUAGCGUACUUGUCGUAUGUUUUUAGAAAUACCGAAUCAAAUAAUAUUCCGAAGUCUCCUC